AUGACAUUCACUCUAAGUCCCCAAUUCGAGCCGCUGGCUAUCGUCGGCCUCGCAUGUAAAUAUGCCAAUGGCAUUGACUCACCCGAUGACCUCUACGAGCAAGUCAUGGCUGCGCGGUCUAUGCACGGCCCCAUGCCGUCCACCCGCAUGGACGCCUUUUUCUACUAUCAUCCUUCCUCGGAAGCAACAGGCACAACAUACUCCAAAGGCGGAUACUUCCUGAAUUCCGAUAUCAAUGCGUUUGAUGCGCCGUUCUUCCAGCUUUCGGAGAUGGAUGUCCUAGCUAUGGAUGCCCAACAGAAGAUGCUGCUGGAGAAUGUUUAUCAUGCACUCGAGAAUGCUGGCAUACCAUUGAAUGAGGCAAUCUCGUCAUCCACAUCCGUGUUCGUUGGUUGCUCGAAUAAUGACCAUCUUGCCCUGGCGAAUUCCGACCUGCUCAUGGCGCUCAAAGGAAAAGGCACAGGGACGAGUCCAUCCAUCCUGGCCAACCGAAUUAGCUGGUUUUACGACUUCCAAGGAACGAGUCAAACCAUUGAUACGGCUUGUUCAAGUAGUUUGGUGGCCUUUCAUCAGGGGUGCAUGGAUGUUCAGGCCGGAAGGUCUACUAUGUCAAUUAUCAGCGGCAUCAAUCUCAUCGAGCACCCUGCGCCGACAAUGUACCUCUCCAGCCUGGGAGUCCUCUCUCCGGAUGGGCGGAGUAUGAGUUUUGAUGCACGCGCAAACGGAUACGGACGAGGUGAAGGCCUUGGCACAGUAAUUGUCAAGCCUCUCCGUGCAGCGCUUCGGGAUGGGAACCGUAUUCGAGCCAUCGUCCGAAGCACCGGCUCUAACCAAGAUGGUCGGACGCCCGGCAUCACUGUCCCUAGUCCUACUGCCCAAGCGCGGCUUAUCCGCGAGGUUUACGCAGCUGCAGAUCUGGACCCGUCGCGAACAGGCUACGUUGAGGCUCAUGGUACUGGCACGCCCGUGGGAGAUCCACUCGAGGUGCAGGCUAUUUCCGCCACAUUAGGGGUUUCACGAGACUCGCCAGUAUUUAUCGGAUCUGUAAAGUCAAUUGUUGGGCAUUUGGAGGGAGGCGCAGGCAUCGCGGGAUUGAUAUCUGCAGCUAUGGCGGUGGAGUCAAAGACUAUUCCACCUGUAGCAGGUUUACAGACCCUGAAUCCGAGGAUCCCUAAGCACGAGUAUGUGAGAUUUGCGAGAGGGGCAACGGACUGGCCGAGGGACGAUAUUCGACGAGCGUCAAUUAAUUCUUUCGGGUUUGGUGGAACAAAUGCGCACGUUGUUUUGGACGAUGUAGAAGGAUUCUUUACUGAUCUUCUGGGACAGCAGCUAAAUGAGGGCUUACAAAUGACCUGGCCUACACCAAGUGUGUCCAAAACGUUGUCCGGAAAGUCUCUCACAAAUGUGAGUAUGGCGAAUGUUGUGCCCAAGUCUUUCUCCGAGAACCGGUUGUUUGUGAUAUCCUCAUUUGACGAGGCUGGUAUCCAGCGCAAUGCUGCAUCAUUAGUGUCCCACCUGGAUUCUCUGCGCAGUAGAGCAGACCCUCAUGGGGAGGAAGAAUUCUUGCACGAUUUGUGCCACACGCUGAAUGAAAAACGGACCCACUUUGAUUGGCGCAGCUACCAUGUUGCAGAUAGCAUCGACAGCCUGCGCGGGUCAUUGAAAAACGCACGUCCGGUGCGACGGUCUCACGCGAACAAGGUUGUUCGGUUUAUCUUUACGGGUCAGGGUGCCAACUGGGCGGGCAUGGCCGAGGAUCUCAUGGUGUAUCCGUUGUUCCGGCGGCGCAUUCAAGAGGCGGCUGCAUUCCUGAAGGAACUAGGAAGUUCCUGGGAUCUCUUUGAACGCAUUACCUCGCAACAUGGAGAUCUAAAUGAGCCCACCUAUGCGCAGUCCUCUUGUGUCGCAGUACAGGUCGCUUUGGUGGAUCUCCUAGCCAGCUGGAAGGUAAUCCCACAGACGGUAGUUGGGCACUCAUCCGGUGAGAUUGCAGCUGCGUACUGUUCGGGCAAGAUCUCGCGUCAAGCGGCUUGGAAAGUAGCCUUCCAUCGGGGUCAAGUAUGCUCCAGACAGACAGGCGGCAAAGGGCGAAUGCUGGCCACUGCAAUGCCCGCCGGCCAAUUGGAGAGACUCGUUGCGCAUGUCAAUAAGGGGCAAUCUACUCCAGUCAAGAUCGGGUGCUAUAACAGUCCAAAGAACCAUACCCUGACAGGUAGACAGGAGGAUAUUCUACGGGCUAAAGAGGAAUUGGAUGAGGCCGGCGCUCUAAGUCGCUUAUUACAGGUCAAAGUAGCCUAUCACUCACAGUACAUGGAGGAUGUUGCCCAUGAGUAUUUGGAGCUGUUAGGUGAUCUGGACUUUGGCGAGAAGAUCCAUACUGAUGCCUGCAUCAACAUGGUCUCUUCCGUGACAGGACAAACUACUUCAGCUGACGAGGUUGGGAAGGCAUCAUACUGGGUUAAGAAUUUGGUUUCGCCGGUGCAGUUUUCCAGGGCACUACUGACGUCCAUGGAUAGUCCAGAUGCGACGAAGCAGGAAGACGCGCUGAUCGAGAUUGGGCCGCACUCCACGCUUCGUACAGCGAUCAGCGAGACAUUCGCGGACUAUCCCGAGUUCCAAUCUGUCCAGUACGGCAGCUUGAUGAAACGUUUUGAGACGGAUGGGUCGACUAUCCUGCGCACCUUCGGUAUGCUUGUCUGCUCUGGCUACGAUAUCAACCUGGCUGCCAUCAAUGACCGCCGUACUGGAGCUAAGAAAAUGCCGCGACUACUCACCAACCUUCCCUUCUAUGCCUUUGAUCACUCGCGGUCGGUGAGGGGACAGACCCGCAGAAUUGAACACAUGAAGUUUCCGGCCUACAAGAGACAUGAAUUGCUGGGCGUACCAGUCGAAGACAGCAAUUGCUUCGAGCAACGAUGGCGGAAUAUCCUAAGACCAGACGAUAUCCCUUGGCUGCGCAUGAACAGAAUGAAGGGGGACAUUCACUUUCCUGGCGUGGCGUAUCUGCUGAUGGCCAUGGAAGCCGCUAUGCAACGUGCCGGUACAGCAGAGGCCAUCAAAGGCAUCAGGUUGGGGAAUGUAUCAAUGUUGGCGCCUCUCCCAAUUCCGGAUAGCCCUGAGGGGGUGGAGAUUCUCUUUUCGAUCUACCCGAUGGAUGUGCGUGCGAAUACUCCAACAGACUACUCUGCCUUCCGGGUUGUUUCGUAUGAUACUACCGAAAAAGUGUGGGUAGAGCAUUGUGUCGGAUCGGUUCGAGUCGAAACCCACCAGGAAAAUUCCCAGUCACUUGCUGAGCUGCGGGACAAGUGUACCGAUCCUGUCGAUAUCUCUCAAAUGUAUAGCGGCUUUGCCACCGCAGGUAUGGAAUUUGGCGAAUACUUGAAAAAUAUUAAAGAGAUGAAACUUUCGGCAGACCACAGAGCCUGUACUGCCUCCAUCACGGCCCCCAGCAUACCAGCCCAAGCCCAUGAUCAAUACGUUCUGCAUCCGUGCACAUUCGAAAGCAUGCUGCACGCCCUGUUGCAUCUAUGCCAAGCCUCGCAAAGCCCAAUGGUAACUAACUAUAUCGAGGACGUUUUGAUAUCAAAUCCUAUUGAUAAUCCAGCCCCUAGCUUUCAGUUCAUUGCCAAGACGCAGCAGACUUCGUCCACGGCGUGGCGGUCCGAUAUCACCAUAAUGUCUGAUACAGGUAGUCAGCGCAUUGGCAUCAAGGGUCUCGAUCUAGUGCAGCUGCCUUCGAGCGAGGAAGACGCAUCUGACGCGGAGUCCUUUUACGUUGUGAAGUGGAAGCCGGAUGUGAAGCUUCUCACGUCUGUGAAGGCGCUAAGAGACUCAGCCCCCGUUGACGUUGCACAGCAUCUGCCGACUUUUGAUGAGCACGAAGGAUUCCAACUGGCAUCGGCGGUCUUUGUCCUUGAUACGAUGGAGUAUGUAGAUCGCACCGGAUUGCCAUCUUUACCAGACCAUCAUCAAGCAUUCAUGAAGUGGAUGAAGCAGGAGUGCGAAUCUAUCGCAAACGACAAGGCCCCCAUGCUGGAUAAAGCGCUGCUGGAAGGCAUUCGCGCCAGCCCUGAUCGCAGACGUGAUCUGCUUGAUAGGGUUGCGAAGCAAAGUGCACGAGGAGAACUUCUCGUGCGGGUGGGCACCCAGAUAGUGCAUAUACUGGAGCAGAAGAUUGACUGUCUAGAAGUCAUGUUCGGGCCGGAUGACCUCAUGGAUAGGACAUACGAAGAGGGCCUCCCAGGCCAGAUUGCGCCUGCUCUGGCAGGAUACCUGCAUUGUCUGGCCCACGCAGAGAACGGAAUCAAGAUCCUCGAGGUCGGCGCAGGUACUGGAAGCGCUACGAAAGUCAUCCUCGAUAGCCUGAAGCCGACAGCGAGACAAGAUGGAGGAGGCUUGGUCUCUGCUGUCUCGAUGUACCACUUCACUGAUAUUUCGGCCGCGUUCUUUGAGAAGGCACAGACUCGCUUCCACGAUUGGGCAGAUAUUUUGCGCCCCAAAGUAUUGAAUAUAGAGCUUGAUCCCGCUGAACAGGGGUUUGAGAUGGGAUCUUAUGAUUUGGUCAUUGCUACUCAUGUUCUUCACGCCACUGCCAAUUUAAACGCUUGCUUAAGCAAUAUUAAAAGAUUGCUCAAAGAGGGCGGAGAUCUAAUUGUGAUCGAGAACACCCAACCCAACCUGAUGUGCUCGCCUCUGGCUUUUGGAUUGCUCCCCGGUUGGUGGCGUAGUAUCGAGCCUUAUCGACAGACCAAUCCUUUGAUCACUGAGCCUCAGUGGGACCAGGAGCUGCAGAAUGCAGGUCUCCAGACUCGACUUCUGAUCAAAGAUACUGACACCGAGGUCAAUGAAAUGUCCGCCUUUGUGGCUUCUCGAGUGCCAGAGGUCCCUAACAUGCAGCGUGUUUGUAGUGUUAUUUACUCGUCGAGCUACAGUGGGCAAUAUGAGCUAGCAUCCCAAGUUGCUCAUAACCUCUCAUCAAGCGGUGCACCCACUCUUGUCGACCUAGCUAAUGUCUCAUCGGAGCAUAUCGACACAAUUGGGAUCGUCCUUCUUGGCUUCCAGGCACUAGAUCUGUCCGAGCUUUCCAGGCAAGAAUACGAGAAGAUCAACUUCAUCCUGGGCUCAUUCCGCAACCUUCUCUGGGUUACAUGCGAUGCAGACAGCGUACCAAAAUCGGCCAUGGCAAGUGGACUCGUGCGAACAGCCCGCUGGGAGAGGGACCAUGACAGCGUCAACUUCCUUAUGAUGGGGAUCUCCCAUCCUAUGCCGAGUUCUUCAGCUAUCGUCGCGCAAAUCGUUCGUGUCUGUGACAACGCAUACCUAUCUCGCGAGCUAGUACCGCGUAACGCAGAAUUCCGCCUUCAAGAUGGGAUACUGCUCACUAACCGGCUCUUCCCAGCCACGGGCAUCAACGAGUGCAUUGAGUCGAGUUCACGUGCGAGAUCCAAGCACGUGAAGCUCCAGGAAAUAAAUUAUCCUGUCAAGCUAACUUCCAUCGGACCUCAUCAGCCGAAUGGCUUACAUUUUGUCGAGGAUAAACUAGCCGGAGAGCCGCUCUUGCCGCAUGAAAUAAAGAUACAGGUCUGUGCCGUUGGGCUAGACGAGAACGAUGCAGAGCAAAUCAAUCGCUUGAUUCCAGGGGAGAGCAUUUGUAGCCAAGCUGCAGGUGUCGUUGUAGAGGCAGGACACGCAGUGCAGGAUAUACAGGUUGGUGAUGCGGUCAUGGCUCUGAGAACCGGAGAUAGUGGUUCAUUCCAGACGUUCUUCCGCACUCAUUACUCGGCGGCUGCGAAGGCACCAGAAGACAUCAAACUAUCAGAUGCUGCAGCGCUUCCGUUACCUUUUGCUACCGCUUACCACGGUCUUGUCAAUGUGGUUCGAUUAGGACACAACGACACCAUCCUCAUUCACCACGCUGUCGGUGCAAUCGGCCAGGCUGCGGUCCAAAUCGCUCGGAUGCUAGGUGCAACGGUUUACGCUACUGUCUCGAGCGAGGCACAGAGAAAGACUCUGGCUCAACAUGGCAUUUUGCAAAGCCACAUCCUGGAUCUUGACUCAUUUGCAGAGAAAACCUUCACUCUGACAGCCAACCGAGGUGUGGAUGUUGUCUUCAACCUCAGUCGUCAAGGCAUCGAACACAGGCACAUUUUCUGUCUGUCGCCUUUCGGCCGUCUGGUUGACCUUCAUGGCCAAGGUAUUCUGCACGCUGGGACCACUGGCCCAACGAAUCGAUCUUACUCGACUGUGAACAUUAGGACUAUGUCUCAGGCGAAGCCCGAGGCCUUGCAUGAGAUAAUGCGGACCAUCAGCCGGCUUCUGUCACAGCAUAUCAUCCGACCAAUCACCCCAGUGCUCGCCGGAUACUCCCAGCUUCACAGCACCCUAUCCGAUAUCCGACAGGGUAGUCCUGGUCCUUGGGCUCUUGAACCCCGGGCAAACGACGCCAUCCCGGUCGCUAUGAAGCCCGUCGGGAGCCACACUUUCGACCCGUGCGCUUCCUACCUCCUUGUCGGUGGGUUUGGAGGAAUCGGGCGAAGUGUCGCCCGGUGGAUGCUUACCCGGGGUGCUAGGAACUUUGUCUUCUUGUCGCGGUCCGGGGCAAACAGUGUCCCUGCUAAGCAGCUAUGUACUGAUCUGCUGGCUGCUGGCUGCAGUGUGUCUGAUAUUAAAUGUGAUAUCACCGAUAGGAAGGCUGUUGCAACAGCUAUUGAGCAAUCUCAGCUGUCGAUGCCUCCAAUUAAAGGAUGCAUGCAGUGUUCUAUGGUUCUUGAAGAUGCCUUGCUCUCCAAUAUGACCCAUACCCAGUUCCUCAACGCUAUCACCCCGAAAGUCCAAGGGACUAUCAACAUCGCCUCCGUUCUGUCUUCUGUCAAGUCCAACUUGGAAUUCCUCGUCCUCCUGUCCUCGUCCGCUGGGAUUAUCGGAAAUCGGGGUCAGGCAAACUACUCUGCCGCCAACGCUUUCCUUGACGCCUUUGCCGCCCACCUGGUAUCCCGCGGCUACCCGGCCACGUCCAUCAGUCUCGGCAGCGUCCUCUCAGUCGGCUGGGUGGCCGAGAACCAAGACCGACUCCCCAUUGCGCUCUCCUACGGCGCGAUCUCCGAGGGCCUGUUGCUGUCCAUCCUCGAAUACCAUAUGGAUCCCAGCUGGGGCGCCGCCCAGAGUCCUAGUACAUGCCACACGGUCGCGGGUGUGCGGUCUGCGCGGGACUUCAUUCGACAGUCCAUCCCACUACCAGGAUUCAUGGCCUACCCGCUUUUCUCACCGCUUCGAGCGCUCGCCAGCGAGUCCAAGACCGAGGAGAAAGGGGCUGACUUCCCCAUUACCCGAGCUUUGCAGACGGCCACGUCGGUCGAGAACGCGACGGAGCUUAUUACGCGUGCGAUCAUAGGGAAGUUGGCGAAGGUGAUGGCGUUAUCCGCCAAAGAGAUUGACCCACAACGGUCGCUGGCAUCCUAUGGCGUAGAUUCACUGGUGACUGUCGAUUUGAAGGCUUGGUUCAAGAGGGAUGUCGGGGUCAACGUCUCGUCGGCGGACCUCUUGGGCGAUUCGGGGAUUACGACACUGGCGGGGAGAGUGGCACCUAGUAGCGAGUUUUUGUCUGCAAAGGUGUGCGUAGAGUGAGUAGGCGUGCAUCUGGCUUCAAA